ACCAAACCUGUGACAGCGUUCAACUGUGCGACCCAAAGGCGAAUGCGUUUACUAGGGAAAUGCGUUUUUAAGUGCCGUAUUUCUCAAGUAACCACCGUUCAUGAGGAAAAAUAAACCGGGUCGCUUACGAGCUGGCUAUUUGACUUUGUAUGCAUUUGUGUGAUGUCUGUGUAACACCAAAAGCUCUGCUGUUAGCUCGCUUGCUAGUCAGCCUUUGUUCCAUUUCCAGACCAGUUUGGCCAUCAUUUAGGAUUAAGCCUUCAACUCCUGAAUGUCAGCUCCGUAUAUAAUUAUUAUCUCAAAUGAAACUCGUUAGAUUUGUGGCAUCGUUGUACAUGGACUUUGUUUUGGGGGAAAUCUAGCUUGCGUAUGAAUUGCGUCUUGGCUCGGUCGUGCACAGGUUGCCAUGGAGCAAUGCGCGGCUCCGCUGCUCGAGGGCUCAAGCACACGGGCUUCACCUUCAGACCCUGUGACGUGUCCUGAGAGCCCAGUGAAAAACACUGGACAGGACGCGGUGGAGACUGCCAAGGAUGCUUAUGAGUGUCGGAUUUGUGGUUAUAAAGCGCUUGGCGUUAAAUGCCUCAGUCAACAUCUGCAUGUCGCUCAUCCAGUGACCAAUAUUUGUGACUUGAACUCGGUGAGUUGUGAGGAGGAUAAUACACAAGAGGAGUGUGUGGAUGAUGGGGAGACACCUUGCUUAAAUGGUGAAAUAAACUCACCGCAGGAAAAGAGCUCCGUCAAGGAUAAACCGAUAAUCCAUGAUGAAUCCAAAUCGACUUCACUUCAGAACCCUGAAAAUUUAAAUGAGACCUCAUCCUCCAUGGAUGCCCAAGAACAGGAUGAGACGAUGGAAGUCUCACCUGCUCCCAAAACCACUGAGAGCUUUUCCCCUGUUUUACCUCAGGAGAAGUCUCCUUGCUCUUCAGUGUCUAAGCAGGCUUGCCAAAAGAGGCAAAAAGCCACCUCUGGCACAUCAACCCACAAUAAGACUAACCUGGUCUGUCUCCCAUUGGUAUCAGAUGGAUUAAAACUUAUUUGGGUGCGCUCUGAGCAGAUCCAUGAGCUGGAUGCCAUGUCGGAACUUGUGGAAGCAUUUAACGAAUUCCCAUACCCUACACUGCAGGAGGUAACCGCUCUUGCUCGAAGGUGUGCAUUACCGCCAGAGCAGGUUAAAGCAUGGUUCAUGAUGCAACGGGUACGCUACGGAAUCAGCUGGGGUGAUGACGACAUCCAGGAAACACGACGUAAGCUGUGGUGCAUUCAGAAGAGAUCGUUAGCGGAGGAAUGUGAGGAAGUAAACGAUGAGGAGGAUGAGCUGCAGGAUUAUUUAGAAAAUGAGAGGAGUCUAGAUGGACAGCAGCAGGCAAAUAAACAGUCACCUGCGGCAGAGGCCCAUAUAUAUCAGAGAGACCACAUGCCCAAAUCGAGCCACACUGUUCCUCACCCCAGCACCAAUGACCAACAUCGCUUUGAUGUUAGUCAGUACAAUAAAACUCCCCAGUCCAACAAUGGUGUUCAGCAGUUGCUCAAUUCUAAUAUUGUGUACAAUAACGGUGUUCAACUCUCAUCCCAAGUUCCUCAAGUUAUUACUCAGUUCCAGAGUGAAAGUAGAAACUUAACCCCUCAUAAUACUGGAGUCCAGCUCAUUGAUGCCUGUGGGCAAUCACAAUACAUGAUCAUUAAUGACCAACACACUGCAACUUCAUAUCAUUUAGGACCACACCAACUCCCAGAGCUUUCAAAUUCUUUACAAAGCCUUCCGGGUAAGAAAUCUAAAGCUCAGCUGAUGGCCUUGCGCCGCAGUUUUGUUCGAAAGUCAUGGCCCACUGAUGCCGAGGUCGAACACCUUCAGAGAGUGACUGGAUUGAAUCGGCGUGAAAUUCGGAAAUGGUUUGCUGACAGCCGCUAUCAGCUUCGCAGGAAUGGCCGGGCUUGGAUAGCCAAGCUUGCAAAGCGCAAUCGAUCUUCGCAACAAACUCAACAGAAUUCUCAGAGCGAGCUAGAGAAUGAUGUUCUACCUGAAAGCACUGAUGCGGGGUUUGAGGUUGAUGUGGGUGAGGAUGAAGAGGGAGCAGACAACCAAUCAGUUGAGACCAGAGAAGAAGUAAGUGAUGAUGGUGAGUUUGAUGAUAGCAAUGCUUCCAUUCAACAAAACUUUGCAGACCUCUCCCCCUCUCCUUCUGCUCCUCCAUCAUUCACACAUGGCCGGGUUGAAUCCAGUGUGAGACUUCGUAAGAAGACAAGGGAACAGUUGGAAAUUUUGAGACAAAGCUUUCUUCGCUGCCAGUGGCCUACAAGCAAUGACUACAUGAUUCUCCAGCAGAAGACAGGCCUUACGCGGACAGAGAUUAUCCAGUGGUACGGAGACACCCGAUACCAUAUCAAACACAAUCAGAUGCGCUGGAUGACUUCACAGGAGAGACAACACAUCAUAGAAGUCAUAACCCAACAGCAGAAAAGGGGCGGGAAGUAUUCACGGGCCAGAGUCUUAAUGGAGGGCAUGGGCUCUGGGUUGAGUUUGGGGAAUCCUCCUUUAAUUAAUGGAGUUGGAGGGGGUGAAGUAGCAACAUGGAAUGACCUCUUUAGGGGAAGUACCCCAGUUUUACCCUAGGGUGA